AGACUUGGGUGGCGACCAAGAUGGCGGACCGAGUGGUUGUGACUUUCUAAAGAAGGUUGAAAUUAACGAUAGAACAGCGAUAUAGAUUCGCUUUUUUUAAAGCCUGGGAAAACGGAAGUUGAGUUUGGAGUGCUGGAGUGUUAUCUAAAGUGAAGACGUGAUAGAAGAUGGACGACUACUGCUAUGCUAAGAUGGCGACGUCCGCUAAAAGAGAACAUGAAAGAGAAUCAACUUCCAGCAAAUCACCAACGGAGAUAAAGACGAAAGAUGAAGACGUCCAGCAGCUGAUUGGUCAUCCAGAAGAACUUCCCAUUCAGUCAGGGGGGAGCUCCACUUUGAAGCAGGAGACUCCACAACCACCCUGCAUUAAAAAGGAAGAGGAGGAACUCUGGAUCACUCAGGAGGGAGAGUGUCUUCUAGAACCAGACAAGGCUGAUCUCACAGAGUUGCCACUGAUUGUUGUCUCUGUGAAGACUGAAGAUGAUGAAGAGAAACCACAACUAGACAACCUCUUAACUCCACUAUCACACAGUGAGGCGAAAGACGAGGUUGAAGAACCUAUGAGUAGGAAAACUGACUGUAAAGAACUUCCCCUUCAGCCUAAGGAGGGCAGCUCCACUUUGAAGCAGGAGGCUUCCCAUUCCCCUCACAUUAAAAAGGAAGAGGAGGAACUCUGCAUCACUCAGGAGGGAGAGUGUCUUCUAGGACGAGAGGAAGCUGAUUACACCAAGUUUCCACUGAGUAUUCUCUCUGUGAAGACUGAAGAUGAUGAAGAGAAACCACAAGUAGACAACCUAUUAGCUCCACUAUCAGAUAGUGAGGCUGAAGAUGAGGUUGAAGUAACUUUAAGCAGCGAUACAGACUGUGAAGGUGAUAUGAGGACUCACACUGACAACAAACACUCUGAAUGCUCUACAAAGAAGAGCAGUAAAAAACAUUUGAGGUGCUCAGUUUGUGAUAAAAGUUUUACUAGGAAGAGCAAUUUGACUCAACACAUGAGAACACACACAGGGGAAAAACCAUUUAAUUGUUCAGUUUGCGGUAAAGGCUUUUGCCAAAAGGGCAAUUUGACUGAACACAUGAGAACACACACAGGAGAAAAAACAUUUAAUUGUUCAGUUUGUGGUAAAAGCUUUUCUCAAAAAAGCAGUCUGACCCAACACAGGAGAAGGCACACAGGAGUAAAACCAUUUAACUGCUCAGUUUGCGGUAAAAGCUAUUAUAGAAACAACAAUUUAACUGAACACAUGAGAACACACACAGGACAAAAACCACAUAAUUGUUCAGUUUGUGGUAAAAGCUUUUCUCAAAAAAGCAGUCUGACCCAACACAGGAGAAUGCACACGGGAGAAAAACCAUUUAACUGCUCAGUUUGCGGUAAAAGCUAUACUCGAAAGCUCAGUUUGACUGAACACAUGAAUGUACACACAAGAGAUAAAGGAUUUAAUUGCUCAGUUUGUGGUAAAAUCCUUACCAAUAAGAGCCAAGUAAAUGAGCACAUGAGAACACACACAGGAGGAAAAAUAUUUAAUUGUUCAGUUUGUGGUAAAAGCUUGUCUAACAAUAGCACCUUGACUAAACACAUAAGAACGCACACAGGAGAACAACCGUUUAGUUGUACAGUUUGCGGCAAAAGCUUUUCUCUAAAGAGCAAUUUGUCUCGACAUUUGAGGACCCACACAGGAGAACAAAACAUUUAAUUGUUUGGUUUGUGGUAAAGACUUUUUUCCAGACAAGAUUUGGAUCGACAUAUGAUGAAUUUCACUGGCAAAAGAACGUUUGUUAGGGUUGUAGCAAAAUAUUAAAGGCCUACUGAAAUGAGAUUUUCUUAUUUAAACGGGGAUAGCAGGUCCAUUCUAUGUGUCAUACUUGAUCAUUUCGCGAUAUUGCCAUAUUUUUACUGAAAGGAUUUAGUAGAGAACAUCGACGAUAAAGUUCGCAACUUUUGGUCGCUGAUAAAAAAGCCUUGCCUGUACCGGAAGUAGCAGACGAGUAGCGUGACGUCACAGGUUGUGGAGCUCCUCACAUCCGCACAUUGUUUACAAUCAUGGCCACCAGCAGCGAGAGCGAUUCGGACCGAGAAAGCGACGAUUUCCCCAUUAAUUUGAGCG